UUUAACGCGACCGCCGCCGCUUGCUUUUGCAACCUGCAGUUCGAUGCAGCAACUUCGCAUCCCGAGAUAUAAUCUCUGCUCCCUGGAGUGCGUAGUAAUACUUUGGGGGAGGCCACGCCCCCGAGCGUGGUGUCAGAGUGAAAUAGAGGCUCCGGUUGGUCGGGUUGGCGGACAACAUCUGCUGGACUCCUUCAUUCAAGUGACACCCGAGCUUUGAGACGUAUUUGAGGAACCAUCCGUUGCCCCUCCGGGCCACUUUCAGUACUUCUAUCAGCGGCGUUCGCUUCGCAGAGCUUCUCUGCGUAGUUGGGACGGUAGGAGAUUCUGGGUCUUUCGCAAAAGAAGCCGAGAGAGAAGGGCGGGCGGGGGGCUUGGCGGCCUCCAGUCGGCGUGGUUUGGGUACACACAAGGACCAUGUGUGCAGAGUGCUUACGGAAAUUGGUGACCCUGGCGCUGGUCUUUGCAAGUGUGGAUGCGGUGGUGGGCACCGAAGCCACGCAUCCUCCGGAAGGUGCCCAGGACAGAGCUCCUCAGCAAAAAGGGCGGAUGUCUCUGCAAAAUUCAGCUGAAAUCCAGCACUGCCUGGUCAGUGCUGGUGAUGUUGGCUGCAGUGUAUUUGAAUGCUUUGAAAACAACUCUUGUGAGAUUCGAGGUUUGCAUGAGAUCUGCAUGACAUUUCUCCACAAUGCUGGAAAGUUUGAUGCCCAGGGGAAAUCCUUCAUUAAAGAUGCCCUGAGAUGCAAGGCACAUGCUUUGCGGCACAAGUUUAGUUGUAUCAGUCGCAAAUGUCCUGCUAUCAAAGAAAUGGUGUUCCAGCUACAGCGAGAAUGCUAUCAGAAGCACGAUCUCUGCUCUGCAGCCAAAGAGAAUGUCCAGGUCAUUGUGGAGAUGAUUCAUUUCAAAGACUUGCUACAACUUGAACCGUAUGUUGAUCUGGUGAAUAUAUUGCUCACUUGUGGAGAAGAAGUCAAAGAGGCCAUCACCCAGAGUGUCCAGGCCCAGUGUGAGCAGAAUUGGGGAAGUCUAUGCUCCAUCCUGAGCCUCUGUACUGUGGUUCCACAUGGAGAGUCUACCCUGGAAUCUGAGAAAAAGCCAAAUGAAGUCUCAAGAAUAUCCACUGGCCAAGGAAACCUUGUCAUUCACCCUCAGUCUGGUACAAGAGAGAAUUCUCAAAAUCCUAGAGGGGAAAGAGGUAGCAGGCUGCCUAUGAAUGCUCACGCUCGCACUAAAUCUGGGGGUCAUAAUUCCAAAGCAACUCAUGAGGCCUUUGAACAGAGAGAUGAACCUUCUGACUUCUCUGAUAUCCGAAGGUGAAAGGAAUAGACAACCCAACCUUUCCCCCUUCACCAAAAACUUCCUCCGUUGAGUUCAUUUUAUCUAGGGGCAUUCCAAAAAAUAUUUACAAGAUAAGGGGGCUAUGUCAAGCAUAGGGCAUUGCGGGUUAUGGGGCAGCAACAGCAUAUGUAUUAUAAGCUACAGAGGAAAAACAAUGACUGGGUCACUGAUUGUAUCCAACAAAUUCAAUGUGUAGAUGCAACAAAAUGUCUUCAUUUAAACCCUUUUUAAUUUCUUGAAAAACAAAUGUAGGUUUGGGUUGGCAAUAUUAUUUUUAAAUCAGGGAUAGAUACAAAUUAUGAUUUCUCCACUAAUGGCUUAGACUGUCUAGUUUAGAUUAAAUUCAAUAUAACUAAGUGUAACAUAAUUCAGUCUCUUAAAGAAAGUAUAAGGGUGUAAAUAACAUGGGCUGCCAUGGCAUUUGUAAGAAGACUAAUGAGUAUGGUAAAGGGGGCCUUCCAAUUGCAAACUUAGUUAUCCUCUGAGCCUACAUUCUGCUCCUUUUUAAGUGACACCAUCUGCCUUAAGUUUCCUUGUGCUGGUUUGGGCAGUUUAUUCCUCCAUCAUUCCUUUGAAAAUUAGUUAAUUGCAGAACCAGCUUCCAGAUAAGGCAAAUGUGCCUUCUCUGCUAGUUCAGUAUUAUGCAAAACUCUUUUUUUAAUAGGGUAAAUCUAAAAAGCCCCACUCCACUUCUGAUUUAAAUGGCUUUCAUAUUUUUCACAUGUUUUUCAGGCUUGAUGAAAAACCUCUUAAUAUGCUAUAUCAGAAAUCAAUAUCACAAGGGUUGCAGGGUUUUUAAGCUUUAAAGGCCACCGUUAUGUGGUAGCUGUUAAAGAAACAGUGUCAGUGAAGUGAGGACAAACCAAGCAGUACAAUGAUUUAAUCUGGUUAAAUAUGUGAAUUGCACACUUCUCCAUACCUCCAUCCUCAUUGCAUUUUCUUGGAAAUAUAGCUAACUUUGUCAAAUUAAUGGAACUUAUUUCACUGAGUAAGUUUGGAUUGCAACUUUCAUGGUCCCAAUUUAGUGUGUUAUAUUUCAUUGUGCUUUUAAUCAUGUCUGUUUUUUAUUAUUUGAACAUAUAAUUACUCAAUAUAUUUACACAUUGAAACUUCAGUCAACACUUUACUGGAAGCAGGUGUUCCUAAAACCUUUUAGAAAAGUGUUAAGCCUUUCUGGAAAACAGGACUGUCUAAAAUAUUUUGGGUGUAUUAUACCCAACUUUACCAAACAGGUAGAAACUUGGAUGUGUUGAGCUUCAAGUCCCAUAUUGCUGGAUGGGGAUUGUACUAUUUCUAAGCCAACUCAUUUGAAUGAUCAUAGCUUGGAGAAGGCAAUGUUAGCUAAUCAGGUAUCUUAGAAGGAAAGACUAGACCUUAAGUUACUUGUUCACAAAGAGUUUCAUACCUAAGAUUUUCUAGUUAGUACAUCUUUGGGUCAGCUGCAGCUGUUUAUAUGCAUAGAAUAUGGAAAGGUAGUCCUGAUAUUGUACUGACUGGAUAAGUCAUAAAUUGCAGAAAUAGAGCAGCUUAAUUAAAAUUAUUGUUCCACAACCUAGCAUGGACUUCAAAUUCCACUAUGAAGCUGUGGAUGGAAGUAUGAAGAUACCAGGUUUAGGAAUCUCAAAUGAAACCCAUUCCUCUUUGAUGAACAUAGAUAGAAAAAAGUAUAAGAACAUUGCAUUGUAGCUGCAGCUAGGAAACAUUAUUUGCAUUUUUUGGAAGGGAAACAGGUUUUUGUGAUUACGAUGGUCACAGUCCUAAAUCACCCUUUAAAACAAGGAAAUGUAUGAAAAAUGAUAUGUACCCUUUUUGAAAAUGAACUGAUAGAGGAAGAAUUGUGACCACUUCAAAAUAAAUCAUCACACAGAAGUUAAAAAGCCCAAAGAUCUAUUAGUAUGAUUCCCAACUUCUAAAUUUCAGUCUUUGAGAAGUCUAUCUGGGAAUCUAAACAUGUAUGUACCAUUGAAUGUCAGCAGAUCAUCUCAGUGUGCAUAUAAUUUAUCUUCUGUGAUCUAGUGAUGUUAAUAUUUGUUUCACAAAUAACGUUAAGAAUUUUGGGGGGGAGGGAGAUCACACAAGGCUAAUUUUCCUUUUUUCUCUCUGUGAAAAUUGGAUAUAUGUGUUCAUCUACUGAUUCGACAUAUUCUUUUAAUGUAAAUAUUUAACAUUUUUAUUUAUUAUUAUAUUUUCUCCAUUUAAAAAAAUUGAACUGAGCACUGCUGGCUAAGGUAAUUUAAAUAUAUGUCAGGACCUGUGUUGUAUAUAUUCAUGCCACAAGUACAUUUUUGUUAUUGUUUAGAUCAAGGAAAAUAUAAUUUUAUACACUCCAUAAAGUUAUUGACAGCAUCAAUCAUUUAUUUAUUAUCAUCAUUCAUUUCGAACAUAUACAAGUACAUUUAACCUAAUAGUUUUAUCAAGAUGUGUAUAGCUACUUACUUGAAAUUUUUAAAAUAAAAAAGUCAGCUGUCCACUAAGGGACUUAGUCACACUCUAACAAAAAAAAACUUAUUUUUAAUUAUAGACAUAAUUCAGAACAAAGCAUAUCAUUUGGGGUAUAUACAGUAGUUUUGUUCAGGCAAAGACCCAGAGCAUUCAAAACUUAACUUACUUGAAGGGAAGUUUGCUCAGGGUUGCUUUGGCAUAAUUAAGCAAGUGCUUAGUGCUUGCUUAGUUCUAUGAGAAAAAUCCUACCCUGAUUCUAGAGAAAUUUUUCUUCAUUAUGACAUCUUCCCCAUAAUUCUAAUUGUAAGAAUGAGUUCCCAUGGUGGGAGCACACCAAAAUCUAUCGCUCAUUCUUUUCUACAAAACGUUAUAAAAAGUAGCAGAAGAUACAUCACAUUCCACUGAGUUUUUAAACACAGGUUUUUGUGGAAGAGCAGAGUCAGAUCUGAGACCACUAAAAAUAAGGUUGUUUAGUGAGCCUGCUUAAAAGCAAUAAAUGGAGGUCUGGUUGACCAAACCAAAAAUGUUGGAUCCCUAUGUUAAAAUUAGAAAGAAUGAAACAAAACCUGUUUUAUUUAAACUGAUUAAGAAAGUUUUCAAAACAAAAACUCAAAAGCCACUCUCAAGGUUGCCCCCCCCCCCCCAACCUUUCAAGGAAGUUUUUGAAAUAUUUCUAGAAAGUGGACUACUUGAAGCUUCCCAUUGCAUUCUGUGAUUGGAGCAUAGAAUUGCCACCAUUUGAAACAACUGAAUUUAUACCAAAAUCCAAAUAAAACUAUUUUGUCCAAUUUCAAAACAAUGUAAGUUUGAAUUUGGAAUAUUUGAAACCUUUUAUUUCAAAAUGUUCCACACCCUUUCAGAACUGAUGUAAGUGCUGCAGCAAAAAUAUAUCUCUGGCGUAAUUUCCCAUACCUUGGAAAGCUGAGAAAAUCCAAAGAACAGUUGAUCUUGAAAGGAUAAUUUCAACACCGUCACUAAGCCGAAAUAGGAUAAUUUCAAGUAAAAUAAUAAUCAGGCUAUAUGGCCAUUGGGUUUUAACCCAGAAAACAGUCAUUUAAGAAAAAGUCAGUUUGGAAAUGAUUUCUAGCCUUAUUGAUGUAAAAUAAUAUUGAAUGUUUUGGUUUUAAUGCAUAAUGUCAUAUCCCUCAGUUUCCUUGAAUAUUUUUUAUCUUACAUAGACUAUGAUCAAGCAAACUUGUAAUUUCAUCUGGAUUUAGGUAAGAUGUUUUUCUUUCCACCACUCAACUUGCAUUAAUAAAUUAAAUGGUUACAGAUCAGUGUAUUAGAAACAGGGUUCCAUGAAAAUUUUGUAAAUCAGUAGCAUAUGUUAAAAGAAAUUAGAAACCAGAUAAUGAGGAAAGGGCUAGUAUGUAAGUAUAAAUAUGGGGAGGGAAAUGUGUACAUCCUGAAGGAUGUUGAUACUUCAUUCUGAAUUUGGCAGCAUUAGCAAAUCAAAUAAAUCCUGCCUGUACUUUUCCACAAAAGUUUGUUAACAAAUAGUUUUUUUAGAAGAAAGCAGGUAAGCAUUUGAAAAACUUGUUUUUUGGUGGGGGAAGUCUAUUAGAUGUGGGAAAGGACAACUGAAUAAAAGCACUAUUGGGAAAGGUGUUUCACUCACAAUGUUAGGAUGAAAAGUUGAUUAGUCCAAGGUAAACUAUGAUCAAGCACCAAGUUGGUCCUAGUUGAAAAAGCUACAAAUCUAAAUUGGUUCAAAACAAAUGCAGAAUUUGGCUGCAGAAAUUCAGAAUACCACUAGGUAGCAGCAGUGGGAGACAAAUCCAAUCAUUUGUUGCCAUCGUGUGGUCAUCCAGAUUUUUUUAUUCUAGAUAUACAGUAGUAACUUUGGGUACUAGAAGAAAGACAGUGGAUAGUUCUAAGAAGAAAUUGUGGAAGAUAAUGACUAUUCAUAAUUAUUCCCUUCAGGAUAAGGUAGCAUGAGAAGAUUCGUAUUCCUGUCCUGCUUGGGAAUCUUCUCAGAUCCAGAAAGGUUCUUUUUUCAUUAUUAAAUAGACCCACAGAAUUAGAGUCCUCAAUUAAAAGCUGACUAACUCUAAAGAAAUCUAUAGAAUAUCAAUUCCUAUGCCUACAACUCUAAAUGAAGACCUCAAACUAAAACAUUCUUAAGUUUGUACAAAUAGAGUUUAAACUCAUCCUGUUUUCAGGUUUCCUCCCUUCAUCAGAAUGAAAAUCUUACUCAUUUCUUUCACAUCCAUCAAAAAUAGCUGCGCAAAAUCAUGAACAAUGUAAUUUUGACAAGACUAUCACAUUUCAAGGCAUUUGAAAUUUAAACGAGAAAUCUCAUGGCAAGCUAGAAGUGCCAAAUAUAAACCUUAAAUUUAGAGCUUUCACUUUAGUUUUCAAACUUGUCUGGGUGUGACUUUAUGUCACAAAGGUAUCACAUGUAUCACAGGGCACUUCCAAGUUAAUGGCUCAGUAAGAUCAUGUUCCAAGCAUUAAUUUUUUUUAAAAAAAAAAGGAAGGGGAAAAUGAAGAAAAAAUAACCAACAAUUUUUUGGGGGGGAAGUUUGGUUGAAUUUCCUAGGUAACUUAUUUUAAUAAUGAGCUCUUUAAGAAUUAAGGUUGAAAGUUGUGGGAUUUAGGUUGUUUGGUUUUGAUCUUGAUUAUAAUUUUGUGAUUUCAUUGAAAUCUUGCCUUGGGAUUCAGAAACAAGAUAAAUUCUCUCCACCCACACACUCAGAAUCUGAAUUUUUAUUAAAUCAACAAUUAGCACAAGCAAAUUACUUGUAUUUCCUAAGAACGGGCCAGGAGAGAAAUUUUGAGCAUGGCUUCAGCAAGACUUAACAGUUGCCCAAAAUGCAUGUUUUGGGCCCUUUUCUAUAUAAUUCAAAAGGUAAUCCCAUUUAUACCCUCAGAAGAGGUAUGAGUUUGCAAACCUAAAUUUGAUUUCCAGGAAUCUGUCUCGCAAUUUCCUUUUUAUAAAUAUGCUUGUCCUCCAGAGUUUUUCAUAAUCCUAAUUCAGAUUAGCCACUGUUCCCUUAUCAGUUAUGUAGGAAAGUGAUUUCUUAUCCAAAUAAGAUGACCUACAUGCUAGGCAUAGUAAUUAAAACUUGGCAGGAGUUGUUGUUUUGCAAGCACUGGUUUGGCAUUACGGGGCCAAACUAUUUUUUAAAAGACGCUGGGAGUGGCUCAUUAUUUUGCAUCUCGUCUCUAUUUUCCUCAUUUUUUUAUGAGGAAGUUAAAAACUUAAAACAAUCCUGUGUGAUGUCACCACAUUGUAUGCCUCCUGAUCCCUACUUAACAUAGUUUGCGGUGGAGUGAGGGCAGGACAAAAACAUUGUCUAAGGAUAGCAUGCCACACCUUGUUAUAAGGAAGAGAAGGGAAAGAGGUUCAGAGCAACAGCCAUUCUAACACUCAUUUUGACCUUUGGCCAAAUGCCAGGCCAUAGAAAUCCUGCCAAUUUUCUAUUGUUGCUGCUAAGGAAAGUUGUUACUGUGUGCAUUCUACCCUAGAAAUAGUUGGACCCUCUAUUUGUUGAAGGAGUCUAGUUUGCAAAACAAUGAGAAACGUGAAAAUGCAAAAAAUAUCAGCCUAAUUGAUUACACAAUUUCCUUCAGUUGUGCUCCAAUAAAUCCAGUCUAUUGGCUUCUGCAC